UCUCUCACCCCACCCCUCCUCUCCUCUCCUCUCCUCUCCUAGCCCGCCUCUCCCUCUCUCUCCUAGCCCGCCUCUCCCUCUCUCUCUCCCUGUAAAAUUAUAUAUAUCUAUCAACUAUAUCUAUAUAUUAGGGUUAGGGUUUGGAUGGAGAAUCGAUCAUGGGUAAUGGAGGCGACGCAGAAAGAUGUGGAUCGAAUCAAGGGACCAUGGAGUACCGAAGAGGACGAGUCGCUGCAGAAGCUUGUGCAGCGACACGGUGCUCGGAACUGGUCGCUGAUCAGUAGGUUCAUUCCGGGGAGAUCCGGCAAAUCGUGUCGGCUCCGGUGGUGUAAUCAGCUUUCACCGGAGGUGGAGCACCGUGCGUUUAGCCCCGAAGAGGACGACCUCAUCCUUCGUGCUCACGCUCGGUUCGGGAACAAAUGGGCGACGAUCUCGAGACUUCUCAACGGUCGAACCGACAACGCUGUGAAGAAUCACUGGAACUCGACUCUGAAGAGGAAGUUCCCGGCGGCGAUGCUCGAAGGCGACGCCGGUGGUGGUGGUGAUGAGCGUGGUGGUGGUCAAGUAAUAAGGCGAUUGGAAAGCGGUGAUGUGACGGUGGGGAUUAACUCCGAGAGUCCAUCCGCAUCGGCAUCGGAUGCUAGCGAUUCGAGCGUUCAAGUGAUUUCACAGAUGAAUGUGAAUUCGAAUUUGUUCCGACCCAUAGCGAGACCUGUAGAAUCGACUCCGAUUUCGGAGAUGGUAAUUCCUCCUCCUCCGACUGCGCUCACUCUCUCUCUAUUCGGAGAUUCUCAUCCGUAUGAGAUUCAUGAUAAAAACUAUAGUCCGAGUCCUAGUGCGGUAACUCAGCCGAGUCAUAGCCGUAGUCAAAGCACAGAGUCUGGACCAUCCACCGCAGCAGCGGUGGAGAAGCCGAUGUUUAGCACUGAGUUUCUUAAUGUGAUGCAAGAGAUGAUCAAGAAAGAAGUCAGGAGUUACUUGUCAAGAGGACUUGAUCAGAGUGGAAUGGAAGGUAGUGUUAGGAAUGCAGGGGUGAAGCGAAUUGGAAUCAGCAGAAUCGAUUAAAAAGGCUAUAACUUUGAAUCGAAAUGGUGGAAUAUAGAGAACUUUUGGAUCGAUGGAUCAAUAGGGGUUGAUUUUGGUUCUUUGGUAAUGCUUCAGAAAAAUAAUUUUGAAAUUUGGUGGGGAACAAAGUGAUAAGAAGAAGAAGAAGAUUAGGUGGAAAACACAGGUUUCGAAUUGAUUAAUGGGUUUUUUUAGGUCUUGAGUGGGAAACACACAACAGUUUCUUUGCAGUUGCAGUUGCAGAUCAGAUUAUGAUUAGUUGAGAUUUAGUUAAUUUGUUAAUUUUGAAUUAUCGGAGGAUAAUAAUGAUUAAUUAACAAAUGUUUCAACAAAUUUAUGUGAAAGCUAAAAAAUGUGGAAAAGGUUUGAAUAAAUUUUAAUUGUAAGUUUUAUGCAGUGGUAAAUUUAAUUCUUUUUUAUUUCAAA